GCGUCCCAAGGGACGCAGCGGCUUCUUCCGAGCGAAGGGCAAGACGGUGGCCGAGAGGACACGGGGAAGCGGACGGUGGCCGACGAGGUCGGGCAUGGAGCAUCUGGAGUGCUGCGCGAGGCUCCUCCGGGGGACGCUAGUGCGAGCGGCGGUGCGGCGCUACCUGCCCUGGGCGCUGGCGGCCUCCAUGAUGGCGGGCUCCCUCCUCAAGGAGCUCUCCCCGCUGCCCGAGAGCUACCUCAGCAACAAGCGCAACGUCCUCAACGUGUAUUUUGUGAAACUGGCCUGGGCCUGGACCUUCUGUCUCCUCCUGCCUUUCAUUGCCCUCACCACCUACCACCUGACAGGCAAGGCUGGCCUGGUCCUGCGGCGGCUGAGUACCCUGCUUGUGGGCACAGCCAUCUGGUAUGUCUUCACAGUUCUUUUCUCCAACAUUGAACACUACACGGGCAGCUGCUAUCAGUCGCCCGCCCUGGAGCGGGUCAGAAAGGAGCACCAGAGCAAGCAGCAGUGCCACGGGGAAGGAGGCUUUUGGCAUGGCUUUGACAUCUCGGGCCACUCCUUCCUGCUGACCUUCUGCGCCCUUAUGAUUGUGGAGGAGAUGGCCGUGCUGCAUGAGGUGAAGACAGACCGGAGCCACCGUCUCCACACCCCCAUCACCAGCCUGGUGGUGGCCCUGGGCUUUCUGACCUUCAUCUGGGUGUGGAUGUUUCUGUGCACGGCCGUUUACUUCCACAACUUGUCCCAGAAGGUGUUCGGCACCCUGUUUGGUUUGCUGAGCUGGUAUGGGACCUAUGGGUUUUGGUAUCUGAAAUCCUUUUCCCCAGGACUUCCUCCCCAGAGCUCUAGUUUGAAUUUGAAGCAAGACAGUUACAAGGAAUAAACGAGAAACAAGAGGGGUGAUGUCAGGACAAUGGCUAAUGUAUUUUUUCAUUAUUUUUCUUAGUU